AUGCCACCAAAACGACAACACAAUACACCACCAAAACAACAACAUACUACUGAUUUAGAAAAUCAUAUUCAUCAUGAUAUUAACGAAAUAGCAGCAUCAGGAACAAGUCAAAUUAAACAAGCUAUAAAACAAUGUGACAAGAAAAUAAAACAAUGCGACAAGAAAAUAAAACAAUGCGACCAUAACGUAAAACAACAAAUGCAACAAAGUCAAAAUGGAGUGGAAUGCACGAUUGAUUCGAUCAAAGGAACUAAAAAGGAAUGCAGCAAAACUAUACAAUCAGACAUGAAUGAAAUUAAUAAUACUGGAAAAAACGUGGUGAAAGGAGCAAAGGAAACUGCUGAUAAACUUGGUGAAGACAUCAAAGACAGAGCAAAUCAAGCCAAAGAUGUUGUUGCCAAUAAAGCCAAUGCAGCCAAGGAUAAACUCCAUGAAGGUGCUCAAAAUGUCAAGAAUAAUGCUGGAAAAGCUACAGAUGCCAUGAAGCAUGCAACUGACGCUGUGACUGGGAAAAGUCGUGAGUUUGCUCAAGGUGCUGCUGCUAAAAGUAAGCAAGCUGAACAAAAAGCAUCACAUGGAUUUUCAGCAUUGCGUAAAUCAAUUGAAGGCAUUUUUCAUUAA